AUGGCUAGAUCAAAGGGCACUCCUCAAGCCACUGUUCCCGCGAAGCGCGCCGGCACACGAACCUUCAACUUUACGGCCAAGCGUCGGCAGCUGGACAAUUCUAGGCAAAGCAACAAUACUGGAACAUGCAGUCUCGGCAAUACACGUCACGAAGAGGCUAUGGUUGGCAGCGGCGGAACCGAAGACAAGAUUAAGAGACAGAGUGACGCAUGCUUCAUAAAAGUUGAACUGUCUGAGAACGAGAGUGACGACGCAGCCGGGGACAUCGAUUUUAGCGGAGAGGUUGGCAAGCCCGGGCACAAUCUCUUUAGCCAUACACCCGGCGCACAAGCAAUUCCCCCUAAGAUCUCACCAACAGCCACUACAUCUUUGUCCCAGGAAAUGGAGCCAACUGCUGUACCUGGAUUUGUCGCACAGAUAACACAUUAUCAACCUCAGAGAUUACCUGAACUAACUCGUCGAUUCUCUGCCAGGGCUGCCAGUCUUUUGGAGGACUACGUUCGCGACGUUACUGCUGAACAUGCAGCCUUUCAUGAGAAAUCUUCGUUCGCGGUUCGAGAGAAGGAUGACCUUGCAAAAGUGAUUAUGGAACGCGAUGAACGGAUCCAGGCGCUUCAACGAGCCGUCCGUGGCCAUGAAAAGGAUUACUCGGCACUCUACUCUAAACUCCUGGCUGAAAUCCACGAGAGAGAGAUAACGAAAAGGGAACUAACAGACCGUGAUAAAGCCAUCAAUGAGAUGCAGAAGAUGCUUUUAGCUCAGCGCAACGUGGCCGAAGCACAGAGCAAAAAGAUACAGACUCUCAGUGAGGCUGUCAAAACCCGCGACACCCGUAAUCGACAGCUCGAGGACAGGUUCCUGGCCCAGACCCAGAUAAUCAAUACUCAGUCAGCAAACAUCGAAUCGCUGGCGUGCACUAUAAACCACAGUAAUUUCGACAUCAAUGCCCUUCAGGGAUCACUCGCGUCUCGCCGACAAGAGACUCAAGCCCAAGCACAGCAGAUAGAAGCCCUAAGGAAAGCGGUCAAAUCCGGCCACACCUACAUCCAGGACCUUGAAACCAAGGCCCUGGCGCAGACGGAGACGAACAAACUUCAGGCUGCGAACAUUCAAGCUCUUACAAGAACAGUCAGCGACCGUGACACAGAUGUUGAUGGCCUUCAAGAAGCACUCGCAUCGCAGUCCAAGGAAGUCAAAACCAUGGAAAGGCAGAACAAAGGUCAAGCAAAACAGAUUGAAGUCCAGGAGAGCAGGAUCCAAGCCCUACAAAGAACAGUGCACUUACGUGGUGUCUUUAUAAAACAGCUUGAAGAAAAGUUUGCGAUGCAGAGAGAGAGAGUCAAGAGCCAGACCGCAAAUGUCCAAGCUCUUGCAAAGACCGUCAGCGAGCGCGAUGACUCCAUUCGCGGGCUUCAACGAUCUCUGAGCGCUCAGUGCGCUAAAACUGAACUUGAAGCAGGACAGGUCAAGGCUUUCGCGAAGACAGUCAAGGGUUGCGAGAGCUGUUUCCGCCAGCUUAAAGGCGAGCUUUGGGAGUGGAUGAAGUAUGAGGCGGGAGACAAUGAACCUUCUGCGGAGUAUGUCAAGGAGCACUUCCAUGUUGACAUUAAGAAGUUUGAGGAUGUUAUCGACAAACAUGCAAAUAGUGGUAGCUGA